AUGAUUGAUUGUAAGCCAUGUGACACACCAGUUAUUAAAGGUGCAAGAGUUUAUAUACAUGAUGGUACUAAGUUGGGAAAUGCUAGUGACUAUAGAACUAUUGUUGGCAGUUUACAGUACUUAACAAUCACAAUACCAAAUAUUUGUUUUGGAGUGAAUUAUGUGUUCCAAUUUAUGCAUUCACCAACAAAUGUACACUUGCAGUUAGUUAAGAGUAUUCUUAGAUAUUUGAAGGGUACAAUUGGUCUUGGAGUAACUCUGAGGAAAGAUAGCUUAAACCAGUUGAAGCAACCCACUAUUUCUAAAUCAUCAACUGAAGCUGAAUACAAGUGCUUGUCUGUUGCAUCAGCUUAA